UCCACUACGCGGCCACCACGCUCGCUCCGCUCGCUCCCCCCACUUCGUCUCAGCUUGCCGAAACCCUAGCGGACGCUCUCCGGGCGAUGGACGAGGGUGGGGGCGGAGGCGGAGGCGCCGCCGCGAACGCGGCGGUGCACCACAACGCGCGCUCCGCGGAGGACGUCUUCCGCGACUUCCGCGCGCGCCGCGCGGGCAUCGUCAAGGCGCUCACCACCGAUGUGGAGAAGUUCUACCGGCAGUGCGACCCCGAGAAAGAGAACUUGUGCCUUUAUGGAUUGCCCAAUGAGACCUGGGACGUGACCCUUCCAGCUGAGGAAGUACCUCCUGAACUUCCAGAACCAGCACUGGGCAUAAACUUUGCCCGUGAUGGAAUGAUUGAAAAAGAUUGGUUGUCGCUGGUUGCAGUUCAUAGUGAUGCAUGGCUGCUGUCUGUUGCAUUUUACUUUGGAGCACGCUUUGGAUUUGAUAAAGAAGCCAGGCGACGACUCUUCACCAUGAUUAAUGGUCUUCCCACUGUAUAUGAAGUUGUGACGGGAAUCGCCAAGAAGCAAUCAAAAGUCUCCAACGGCAGCAGCAAAAGCAACAAGUCCAACUCCAAACCAUCGAAGCAACCCAAUCCUAACAGCAAGCCUGCAAAGCCGGCUCAGCCGAAAGACGAGGAAGACAGCGGCCAAGACCAAGAGGGUGGUGGAGAGGAUGAGGACCAGGCGUACAUGUGCGGCGCCUGCGGGGAGACCUACGCGAACGGGGAGUUCUGGAUCUGCUGCGACGUCUGCGAGAAGUGGUUCCAUGGCAAGUGCGUCCGUAUCACCCCCGCGAAGGCGGAGCACAUCAAGCAGUACAAGUGCCCCGGCUGCAGCAGCAAGAGGAGCCGAGAAUGACCCACCCACGGGGGGGUCUCCCGGUUGACAUGUUUAGAAUCGUUAGGAGUGUUGGUGAAGCGGUUCACCUGCAACCUGCUGGCUGCUCUGUGCAGCAGCAGCGUACCGGCGUCCAGUCCAGACUCCAGACCGGUUGUUGUAGUAGUAUUAGUUUCAUCCAGUGUUGUACCAGGUGACAUGGUAAGUAGCUAUUGUAUGUAGCAGGCAGGCUAACUGCUGUCAUCGUAGUGUGAUCUGAACCUCUAUUAGAGAGUUGGGUACUCUCGUGUUCAGUGAUUAAGUGAUGGUGUUAGUGUGUAUGAUUCUAUGGUAACUGACUGCCUCCUUUUUCUGGGA